AGAGAGAAAAGCUAUUCUUCUUGUCUGUAGGAGAGGCCUCCCCACAGUCAAAGCUGGAGAAUUCGGUCCGGGCCUCACUUGAGCGUGCAGAUAAGGAGAUAAAGACGGCUCUGAAGAAACUCGUGGGUGCCACGGUACCGCAUUCAACUCUUCCUCCAAGUGCAGAAACAGAGGCUGAUCAUCUUGGUGUUCUUGAAGCUGCACCUUCUGACCAUUCAGAUCAAGAAACUAGGCCUCCGGUGAUAGUUCAUGAAGCUGGAACUCAAACCCAACGUGCUGGCGGGCACGUUGAACAGCAGGACGGCACUGGGACGAUUCCAGAUGAGAAACCAAGUGAACCAAAGCCUAGUCCCACUGCUCCCCAACGAGAGACAACCGCUGGAGCCGCAGGCAGUCAGGAGCGCACUGUUCCCAUUACCAGGACACCGGCCAGGGAUGGAGCAGACUCGUAUAGGAGAGAAGGGGCAGAUGUGCUCUGGGAUGUCCAGAGUGAAAUUUAUAUUGAGACCACGGAAAGAACGUGCGUGUACAAGACCGAGGAGAAGGCUGCAACAAGCCCACCGUAUAUGCAAGUGACCAUAGAAGAUGUGCAGGUUUGGGAUGGGGACCUGGCCAAGUUCCAGGCAGUUAUUGAAGGAAAACCCCAGCCGACUGUUUCAUGGUACAAGGACAAUUCCUUGUUGACAGACAGCAGCAGGAUCCAUCAAGUGAAGGAAGGCACAACCUAUUCCUUGAUCCUAGACAGUGCUGCCCUUGAAGAUCAUGGUGUCUAUACCUGCAUUGCCAAAAAUGCAGGCGGGGAGGUCUUGUGCAAAGCAGAGCUCAUUGUGCAUGAGGUCAAGAAAGAUGAAGUGGAAAAGAAGAAGAGCACCCGGAGAAAACUCCAUUCCUUCUAUGAGGUUAAGCAGGAGAUAGGAAGGGGCUGUUUCAGCUUUGUGAAGCGAGUUGUGCACAAAGGGAACAGAGUCUCCUGUGCAGCAAAGUUCAUGCCUCUGCGAAGCAAAACCAAGGCUCGAGCCUACCAGGAGAGGGACAUCCUGGCCACGCUUUCUCACGACAAAGUCACCCGGCUGCUGGAUCAGUUUGAAACGAGGAAAACCUUAGUUCUGAUUUUGGAACUGUGCUCCAGUGAGGAGCUCCUGGAUCGGUUAUUCAGGAAGAGUGUUGUGACUGAAGCAGAGGUUAAAUUGUAUAUCAAGCAACUUUUGGAAGGAAUCCAGUAUCUCCACGACAACAAUAUCCUUCACUUGGACAUUAAGCCUGCAAAUAUCCUGAUGGUUUAUCCCGAAAGAGAUGACAUUAAGAUCUGUGACUUUGGAUUUGCUCAAGUGAUAAAUCCGGCUGAGCCUCAGUUCAGCAAAUAUGGGUCCCCGGAGUUUGUCGCCCCAGAAAUUCUCUCUCAGUCACCGGUGUCAAAAGCAACAGAUAUCUGGGCUCUUGGAGUCAUCACCUAUUUAAGCUUAACCUGCAAAUCUCCUUUUGCUGGUGAAAACGACCAAGCCACCCUUCUAAAUAUCCAGAAUGGGACAAUUUCAUGGAAUAUCCCCGAUUUUCUCCACCUAAGUGAAGAAGCAAAGGAUUUUGUCAAACGGAUCCAACGACAAUCUCCGGAGGCCAGACCGAGUGCUUUGGAGUGUCUCUCCCACAGCUGGUUCACACAUAAUCUCCCAUUUGAAGAAGCUCACUUUAUUGAUACAAAGCAGCUCAAAUUCAUUGUGGCUCGAAGCAAGUGGCAGCGCUCCCUCAUGUGCUAUAAAUCUGUACUGGUAAUGAGAUCCAUCCCAGAAAUCCUAAAGAGGACCCAUGAAAACACCUCUCUUGGCAUCUCCCGACACCUCGUAGAAGAGAGCAGCUCCACCAGUACUAGCGGUUCCUCGUCAGACAAUGAGAACUCAUCCUUCGCCAAGAGAAGGCACUUUGGCUCUACCCCAGAAUUGCACUUGUCUGUGUUUGAUGUACCGAGUUAUAAAGAACCUCCCACGAAGGCACCUCAAGAGAAACAAGCCAAGGCCUUAGCGCCUCCAGUAAAACCCAUGAGACGGAAAUACGCCUUAAUGAAGAAUGAACUGGAUGAUAAGUCACCUACGGAAAGCAGAGAAGUAAUACUAGAUGCCUCAGCUCAGAAGGGAGAAGAGAUUUGUCCUGAAGUCAAAGAUGAACAAGCAGACCAGUCUCAAGAGCAAGUUGCAGAAAAGCCUUUGCUGGUGAAGGCAGAAACCGUCAUCGAGGGAGCUGACUUAGCCUCACAAAAAGAAAAGGCAGAUGCAACAUUACCUGAAAAAGAGCAACUUGACAAAGGUGGUGAUGGAGGAGGAAAACCCACUUUGUGCGUCCCGAGACAGAGCAUAAUUAAAAGCACGUUCUACAGCCAAGCGUCUGAGCUACCGGUCAAGGGGUCUAUCUCACCGGGAAGCGACCUCAGAAAGCAUCUGGAGAGAGCAAGACGGACCUACAGGAAAGCAGGGUAUUCAAAAGUACCUCUCAGCGGCCUUCGUGAACCCCUCCUAGAACACUUUGAACUGGAAGAAGAAGAGAGGCUAUCGGGCGAUGAAGACUAUGGGAAGCACAGAGAAGGUCUGACCAAAUCAGCUUCCUUCGAUACUGCAAGGAAACCACCCCGCCCCACCUUCAGUGUUUCCAGAAGAAGCCGUUCCCUGGACGAUUACAGAUUGAGAGCCUUCAGGCUAUCCAAGGAAGACAGCAUUAAGGAAGAAGAGGGAGAUCAGGCUGCACAGGAGGGUGGUCCAAGACCGGCUCAUGAGCAGGACACUUCUGCUGACAGCAGCGAGGUGCAUGCAGAAGAGCUUUCCAGGGAGGAGGACACUAGCAAGGCUAGAAAGGAUCGUUUAGAAGAAGAGCCUGGUUCUUCCGCACCACGUGAAGAGGUCCGACGUUCAACUCUACCUGCUCAACCAUCAGAGAGAGAUUUAGUCUCAGCUCACAAGGGUGAAACAGAGGAGCACCCAAAGCCACAACCUUCUGCUUAUAGUCAUGAGGCUUCUGCUGAUCUGGAAGGCAAAAGCCUGAUUUUAAUAGCUCAGCAAUUGGAUGUAACCUCAUCGUUGGCCUAUAAGCCUGCAAGUGCGCAGUUUAAACCUUCCACUCCCGGUGGUCUAGAGUCCACUGUUGUGGGAGGUGAAGGCCCCAUUUUGAUUGUUCCUCAAUCAGAGGCGGCCCCUACAUCAGCCCACGAGAGGGGAAGAGGAGAACAUUUACUUGAGAAGCCAAAGCCUUAUGUUCACCAUGCUGAAGAGCAUGCCCAGAUGGAGGGUGAAAGCCCAGUUCAUCAGGCUAUUGCCCCAGUCUCAGUCCAUAAGGAUGAAAGCCAGGAGCACUUACAUGGGAAACCUCCUGAUCACCAGGAUGCAACGUCCGCUCCCGCGGACUGUAAAAGCCCUGUUCUUGCAACAGUCCCAGAGCCAGAAACUGCUCCACGCGCAGUUUGUGAGCCAGAAAGCCAGGGACAUUUAGAGCCCGAGGCUUUUGACCGCCACAGCCCAGCAUCCGCUCAUCUAGCAAGCGAGCACCCAGCUGUCCUGGCAGCCCCAGCACCAGGAAUUACCUCCCAUUCAGUUUGCAAGACCGAAAGCCAGGAAUAUGUUGAGCACAAGGCUUCUGAUUACCCCAGCCAGGCAUCCACUGUCCUUGCUGGUGAACGUCCAGCUGUUGCACGAGUCCUGCCACUGGAAACUGCCUUGCAGUCUGCACGGGAGGCUGCAAGUCCAGAACAUUUGGAGCGUGCACAAGCAGAGGGGCAGGCACCCAUGAUCCCAGCGGCCGAGCACCCAGCUGGUCCAGCAGUGCCACAAACUGAAGUUGCCUCAUGUUUGGCUGGUGAGCAUGAAAUCCAGAAACAUGUAGAUCACCGUGCCCUGGCAUCCACUGUUGCAGCAAGCAAACGCCCCCCUGUUCCAGGGGUUCGGCCGCUGGAAACUGCCCCCCUGUCCGCCGUUGAGACCGACAGCCAGGAACUCCUUGCUCUCGAGGCUUCUUCUGAUCGCCCCGGUGCAGCAUCCGCUCUUCUGGGAGGUGAACGCCCAGCAGCUCUAGGACUCAUGCCACUGGAGGGUGCCCUGCAUUCAGUUUGUGAGCGUGAAAGCCCGGAGCAUCUCGAAUGCAAGGCCUUUGAUAGUAGCCCAGCAUCCACUGUCCCAGCAAGUGAGCAAGUGACAGUCUCACCACUACAGACUGCUUUGCCUUCAGUGUGUGAGCAUGAAUACAAGGAGCACUUAGAGUACCACAGUGGAGCAGCAUCUGUUGCCCUGGAUCAGGAGCCCCCAGCUGUCCCAGCACCAGAAACUGCCCCUGAGUCAGUCUCUGCAGGUGAAUGCCAGAAGCAACAGGAGCCGCUGGUUUUGGGGGAAAUGGGAUCAGCCAUCCUGGAAAGCGUAAGCCCAGUUAUGGGAGAGACUGUCCCCACUUCCAGCGGUGAGGAUAAAAGCCAGAAAUAUUUGCAUCUGAAGCCUUUGGUUUACAGCGAGGUGGAGUCUGCCGUUCUGGAAGACUUGGUGGACAAGAUGGUUGGCCUGUCCGAAGAGAUGAGUGUUUUGGCAGAGACUGUUUCUGGUCAAGAGGGAUCAAUAAAGCUAGUCCCCCCUCCAAAGGAAAUGUUUUACCAUGGGCCAGCCGGCCAAGCAGUAGAUGGAUGUGCCAUGCAUUUCGUGCCACCAGAUGAAAAAGAAGACAUCAUUUACCUGGAUGAUAUUGCGGAUGAUAUGACAUUAUUACCCGCGGUGAAAGAUGAAUCGACGAAGCCAGUGGUGUUGGGUGAAGGGACUGAAGAAGAGAUGGUUCCUCAUGAGUGUGAAGAUCUGGAGGAUUUAGCAGUCGAGAGCCUUGCUUCCAGCCAACACAGUGAUUCCCAGUCUGAUAGUUCAGGUUCUGUAAAAAUAUCCGCUUAUAUAGCCCAUAUAAAGGAAAGGAGUAUACACUCUGAAGUUUCCUUGGUGAAAAUCAAGGACCUCUCAGAAGACAUGUCUAAUUUUGGUGGUGAGAUUUCAAAAUUCGACAUAUCGGAGGUUGAGCCAGCAUAUUUAAACCUAUCAGAUCUGUAUGACAUCGUAUAUUUUCCAUUUGAAUUCAUGAGCUUCAGGAAACCCACGCCCAAGCUACCCAGUAAAAGAGUAAUGCGGCUAGGGGACAAGUUACCUCCUGGGUACUUGCAUAAAGAUAAAAGGUUGUGUGUUCGAGAGGACAAUUCCCAGGAUGCCAGACACAACCUUUUGGAAAUUUCCGAAGAUGCAGGGAAAGGGUUGGAGAGCCACGUGGCAGGCAAAUCCCAGCCAGUCUCCCUAAAGGGCUCAGGUGGCAAACAGAAGAGCUCCAUGCACAGCAAGCCAGGACUGUCCAAGCCCUACGGCAGGUCGCACUCAGUGGAGCAGCCAGUGGAGCAGAGUCUGAGGAAUAAAGUAAAAGCUUCUGUUGCCCAUAUUUCAAGAAUCCUGAAGGGGAAACCGGCCCCUGAGCAAGAAAUAGAGGAAGGCAUCGAGGAGCAAGAAGCUGAUGCAUCAGAGAGUGAACCGCUGCAUGAAGCUGCAGGACAUUUGAAAAAGAAAUCAGGACUCCCGUCUUUCCGAUUAUCAAGCCUCAAAACAAAGGAGAAAGCACCCUCUUUCGUGGAAGAGCUGACUGACCAGACAGCGAUGCCAGGACAGUCCGUGACGCUCUCCUGCCGAACGUCUGCCCACUCGUCCCCGCACGUCGAGUGGUUCCGAGACGGGAUCCUCCUUCACAGCAGCAGUAGGAUACUGAUCUCAAGCACACUCAAACACUUCCAGCUUUUAACCAUGUUGGUGGUAACUCCAGAGGAUUUUGGUGUUUAUACAUGUGUGGCCACCAGCUCCUUAGGUACAGCCUCCACCUCCUGUUUGGUAAGGAAAGCAGAGGUUCCUGGGAGCCCUCCACCUCCUGAUAUUGUGGAGGUGUACGAAGAUGGGGUGCAGGUGGUCUGGAAACCGGUGGAAUCUGCCAUCCCGGUUACUUAUGGCAUACAGUGCAAAAGUGAAGAUGGGGAGUGGACGACCCUUGCUACUGGUGUCUCUGACUGCUGCUACUAUGCCAAUAAUCUCCCGAGCGGCUUGGUUUACUCCUUCAGGACGGCCUGCAUCAGUAAAGCUGGAAUGGGCCCGUACAGUACUCCAUCUGCCAAAGUAAAGAUUGGCGAAGAAGAACAGCUGGCCUUCCAGUCUGCAAAGCAGAGGUUCUCCGAAGAAGAGGGUGGAAUAAUGGCACCUGAAGAGCCUUUUCCAACCCACCAAACCUAUGCCUUCCAAACAGAGAUCAAAAGGGGUCGUUUCAGCAUUGUCAGACAGUGUCGGGAAAAACUGUGUGGGAAAGCGCUGGCUGCCAAAAUUAUCCCUUACCGUCCAGAGGACAAGCAGGCUGUGCUCCAGGAAUAUCAGGUCCUGAGGAAGCUUCAUCAUGUAAACAUAGCGCGGUUGGAGGGAGCCUACGUGAGCCCACGGCACCUCGUCCUCAUCCAGGAGCUCUGUGUGGGACCAGAGCUACUCCACUCUUUGGCAAACAGGCCAUCUUAUUCCGAGGUGGAGGUCCGAGACUACCUGUGGCAGAUUCUUAUUGCUGUGGAGUACCUCCAUGCCCACAACAUCCUGCAUUUGGAUCUGAGGUCUGAAAACAUGAUCAUUACUGAGCCCAACCUGCUUAAGCUCCUGGACUUCGGCAACGCACAGUUCUACACACCAGACAAGAUCAUGACUAUGGACAAGUGCAGGGACUAUGUUGAAACCAUGGCUCCAGAGCUCCAGUCAGAGCAAGGAGCCCUCCCACAGACUGACAUCUGGGCUGUCGGCGUCACUGCUUUCAUCAUGCUGAGCGCCAACUACCCGCUCAGCUCGGAGGUGGCCUGCGACUUCCCCAGAAUUGCCAGGAGAGGGAAGAUCAAGCUCACUCGGUGUUACGCGGGGCUGUCCGGAGGGGCCGUGUCGUUUCUCCAGAGCACGCUCUGCGCCAAUCCCUGGGGGAGGCCGUCGGCAGCAGAGUGCCUGCAGAUCCCCUGGCUGCAGGAGACAGGCUUGGACGACAAGCAGCAGGCAGUGGUCACCUUCUCCACCACCAAGCUGAGGAGUUUCCUAACAGACCGGGAGAAGAAGAGGAGCCUGCUGUGUUCGAAGUACGGCGUGAUGAUUGCACAGUGAAUCCAGGCACCUCCCACCCCUCCAUGGACCCCCGCUCAUUUGUCCAUCAGGGGAAUGGCACAGCUGGCUCUUAACUCCCUGGAGGAAAGCAGUGACCCUGAUGCCUCAGAGCGGGAUUUGUAUGGCCAAUUCCCAUUAGAAGUGAAUGGGAACUGGGCAUCCCAAUCCCCUAAAUGGCUGUGAAAAUCCUUCCCUCAGUGCUGGAAGACAGCACAUAAAUACUGCUCAAUGACUUCCACCCUGGUUGCCAGCCACGGCUCGUGGACACCUGCCCCUUCAGACCCCGUGGCCCCGCAGCGACGUUUGAUCCUCGUUGUUCGGGCAAUACUCAGGCUGGUUUCUAGCCUCUCUCCAAACCAGAAGGAGCUGACAAAAUAUUGCCCUUGAAAUGGAGCCCGGAGCUGGUGGGUUGGGCAGAGGAGGCAACCAAAUUGUGUCCCAGGGUGGAAUAAGUCUUAAUUGUUCCCAAGAACCCAAAUGUUGCUGUGGGGAUAUCAGGAGAUAGGAUGUGUCUGCCUUUCUUCUCAGUCACCUGGGGGUACCUGCAGCUGCCGAUAGCAUUUGUGCAACCUGCUGUGUCUGCCACAGACCAGCCGGGGCCUGGAGUAGAUGUGUACAGUCAGGACCCACCAGCAGCUGGGUUCAGUGUGCAGUGUGCCGUGGUCCUGGAUGCCUACAAAGCCUGCGGUUGCCAGUGGGGAUCGAAUGCAAGAGGAAACCUGGGUGUAGCUUCCCCAGCUGUGAAAAAGCAGCUGGCUACACAGCAGCCACAAAAAUGGAGAAUGAAAAGCCAGCCACAAAAUGGCUUCACAAGAGCACAUUAUGUGACAGCCAACCUGGCAGUGCCGAGGGGAUUUGAGCUAGGGUCCACAGUCUGUAGGCAGCAGCUCUACCCGGUGAACUAGAAAGGAGCCGUCUUGUUCCCAGGCUAGUAGGGGCCAUGCUAGGUUGGUCUCCACUGGAAAUCGGUCUUAUGUGUGUCCUAUAGCACAGGACGUGUGCAUGGUUUUCUGCUUCAUUAACCCUGCUGGCUAUCCAUUACAGGCCUCUACCUGCAAGAGGUAAUGACUGGCGUGGCAUCGAUAGUCCUCAUUUUUCAGGGCUGGGGGCACAGCUUAAUCCUUUGUGUGCUGCUCCAUCCUGGACGAUGGCCCAGCUCGUGCCAUCUCAGACACACAAGCCCUUUCUUUUCCACUCUGCAGGGUUGGGGGCACAGUUUAUCCCACUGCCGCGUCACGUGUGCCCCUGCUCCCUCUGCUGCAGGAAGAGCAGCCCCACAUCUUCUGAGGACUAGUAUUUCUGUGAGCAUCACCACAGUGAUGCUGGACACAUAUUUCAGGGCUUUCAUUCUCAGAGUCAGGAGCAGGCCUACCAGGCACUUUCCCUGGCUUGGUUUAUCUGGAUUGGUUGUCUUAGAAAUAUACGCGAUGUUUAGAAAUACAAAGUUGGUUCUGCCGCAUGAUAACUCGGCAUGUUGCUAAGGGUCUCCCCCGGAGGAAAUGGUGCCUGAGGCUCAAUGCAUUUAGGAUUUGAGCCUUGGGAACUCCUUCUCAGAGGAGCACAUGCAAGAAGGAAACUUUUGUCCAUCCCUGAGACAGUGCUACAGUCACCGAAGGCCAUGCCUGGGAGCAGGGGUGCAGGAGUGGUGCAUUGCUCGCCUCCCUAUAGAUACCACUCCCUGUGCUUUACCUCUGUGAGCUGUGCUCUUUUGCAGCUGGAAGUGCAGUGCAACAGAGGAAGCUUCUUCCCAGCAGGUGACUUUGGCAGGAUCAGCACUGCCGUUGGCCAAACGCCGGCUUGACAGGUGCUCGUGGAAGAUGCUCAUUUUCCUUUCAUGCCUGCUGUGCCCUGUUGAAUCAGCUAUGCCCAACACAGCCCCUUCUACUGAAGCAAACUAGCCAGUGCAAUGCUUUCGGUUGUGUGUCUUCAACACAGCGAAGACUGCUUCUGCUAGAUGGUCAGAUAGCAAUGCUUGCUUGCUGCUAAAUAUUUGAAGUAUAUCCAUGUACAAUACACCUAUUGUGAUACUGAAUGCACAAGAUGCAUCCAGGUAAAAGGCACCUCUGCUGAGCUGGUGACUGUACAGUUCAAAUGUGCUUUCUGUGCUCCUGAUGUAUCUAGGUAGAUGAUACCCACUGUGUGUGCUCCUGGCAUAUCUAGACAGAACAUGUCUGUUCUGCUGUGCAACGUCCUACGUGUAUCGGGGUAGAUGCACCUGCGGUGGUGUUGGCUGUUUUACGUGCAUCUAGGUAGCACACACCUACUUCUGCUGCUGAACGCUCUGGCGUGUCUAGGUAGGUCAUACUGCUAUGCUGCUGAGUAUACCAGGCAUACCUAAGUAGGACAUGCCUGCUGUGCUGCUGAAUGUCUGGGUCAACCAUGUAGAUUAUACCUGCCAUGCUGUUGAAUGUAUUAGGUGCACCCAAAUAGGAUGCACCUGCUGUGCUGCUGAAUCUCCUGGGUGAAUCUAGGUAGAUAAAUUGCACCCAUUGUGCUGGUGAAUGUUUUAGAUGUAUCUGAAUACAACAGACCUGCUAUGCUGCUGUAUACACGCUAAUCAUUGCAUUGACAUUGUGAAAGCAGUUCAUAGAAAAUCUGCUGCCUUCAGUUGCCUUGAAGUAGCAGUAUCGCAUAGGCUAGUCCCCACUAUUGCCUAGGGUCCUAUUUAUCCUACUCACACGACAGUCAAGGGCUUCAGAAGCAUCAAUGGCCUUGGCAUCGUUAGGGAGAGAAAUUGCAUGUUUAAAGGGAUUCUUCCACAUAGGAGCCUGGGCUGUUGAUGUAUACAGAUCCUUUGAUCUAGUACAUGGGAGUGUGCUUUCACGUCACCCUGUGAAUGCAGCCAGUCGUACUGAGAGAUGUGGGAACAGAGUUAUUGGCAAAUGCAGUAGGUUUUGAUUUGUUCUUAAGAGGCCAAAGCUUCCCAGAGUUUAGUAUUUUUUCAUUGUUUCGAAAAAAAAACCUGUUGUGGGUUGUUUUCUUUUACAAUUAAAAGCUGUUAGUCUAACCAUGUGAUUCAUUUGUGCCUAUAAUCUCUGUGUACUUGUGAGUGUAUAUGAAAUGAAUGAACUACCCAUUGGUUCUGUUGUGGUCCAUUUCUUGCACAAAAUAUUGUUUGGUAACUUUCAUUAGAAACAAUAUAUAACGGGAUGCUUCGCUCGUCGAGCUCUAUCUGGUUGUGGUUUGUGGCGAACGGAGGGGAAAUCAGUUCCUAAUGUAUGGUGGCUUCUUGCAAGCGCGAAAGACCAAGAGUGGCAGUAAAAUGGUGAUGGCUUGUCCAGUCUUUCUGAUGGAGCUUGGUCAAACCUCGGCCUCUGUAGCCCCUUCCCAUGCUCCUACACCAAGCAGCACUGGAAAUGGGGCGGAAAGUGGGGGAGGCUUGACUAGGCUGGGAAGAUGGAUGCAGGUACAACCGACUCUGAAGCUUUGAGUUUCAAAGUUAGACCGUCUCCACCUUCCACUACAGAAGAGAGAUCCUGGCGGACAGGGCCAUAUUGCAAUCUUCUUCGCACCGCAGGAAAAUAAGUUUCUUUGGCCCGACACUGCUGUGAGAUUAGAAGAUAGCCCACAGCUUUGUAAGGAAUCUGUUCUCCCUCCAAUGCGUUUUCUUAUCCAAACCAGAGAUGCUUUACCAUGGCACGGCCUCGUUCUUUGUUCUGGUGAUUUUUCUGGAGGGUGUAGGGGUUGAUUUUUUUUUUUUUGGAAGGGAAAAUGUAGGUUAAAACAUGUCAAGAUUGGGGUGCCUACACCCUUCUUACCCGAUUGGAAUGAAGUGAUUUUGCUUCUCCAGUGUGCAUGCAUUUUGAGCAUGUCUGAAGUCUUAUAGACGUAAUAUUGUUUUUGUUAAAUAAACUGCCUUGACAAUGAAGUUAAGCCAGAUUUGUUGCUGAAUUAUCAAUAUAUAACUAUGGUUUGGUAACACUGAGAGCCUUUUGGUCCGUGACAUGGCACAAACACCAAUGAAGAUGAUGGAAGGUGUUGCAAAGACCCCACAUCGCGUGAGCGAUGUGCGAAGGGUAGGUGGGCAGAGUGCAGACAAGCAAAUCCCCGUGUUGCAUACUGCUGCAGGUUUUGGAUUAUCAUUAUCAAGGGACCAGCCAUUUACCUCUACACAUCUACCCACCUGUCCCUACUUGUUUCACUAGCUAAGGCCUCAAAAUGAGUCCUCUCUCAUUAGCAGCAGCUCACUUCCAAGUUCUCUAAAGCGUAUCCCCACGCAAUUAGCUUUAAGUAGAAAAUGGCUUUGGCUACCAAAGCCAAAGUUACCUGAUUGAGUCUAUGGUACUGAUAAACCCUUGACAAUUGUUACAAUAUACCACAUUGUUCUGAUUAUAAAUUGACCCUUUUUCAUCCAAAGCAACCAUAAAAAUUGCACUCCACUUACAAUCAAGUUUGGCCUCGAGCAAUCUUGGAUUUGCACUGCUUUUGUGCAAGCAAUAAAAAUACCAAACCAGAAUUUCCUGUUGGUGCUGCUUUUACUUUAAUACUCUUAAUGCAUUCAGUCCUUUGGAGUCCUUUCUUUGGUCGUUUGCCUCUCCUGCAGGAGGUUGCACACACAGUAGCAGUUCAAGGAUGUUGUCUUGUCGUUAGGGACUUACAUUCAGGCAAAAAGGUCAUUUAUUUGCUUUUUUAAAUUGAAACUAAAAUAGUGCAGUCAUCUUAUAAUGGGAACAAUCUGGUUUUCUAUCCAACCUAAACAGACUGUAAAAAUAAAAGCUGCAUAAGUGUUUGGAUGACUCUUCCUCCUGGUUUCAGAUUCAACUAUCCGCGAUGCCACAGCUGGUAAAGCGAACAAAGCUCUGGCUU